ACUUGGUCACUCCUCAGUCGUUUUUUUCUCAUCACACAGAACUAACAAACCCCCAAAACUUCAAACACACAAUGUCUGGCGACGGAAAGUACCACGUGCACUACUUUGCAGGCCGCGGCCUCGGCGAGAUUGCCCGCAUUGCGCUGUCGGAGGCUGGCGUCGAGUUUGAGGACCACCGCUUCGAGUCCCUCCCCGCCGAUCUCAAGGCCACGACCAAGUUCGGCCAGGUCCCGCUGCUCGUCACCCCCGCUGGCGACCGCAUCAACCAGUCCACUGCCAUCCUCCGCUUCAUCGGUGCCACCCACGGCCUCAGCGGCAAGACUGCCCUCGAGAACGCCGAGAUUGACCAGGUCAUUGAGGGCGUCAACGACAUCCGCGCCAAGUACCGCGCUCUGCCCGCCGAUGCUGCCAACGAGGAGCGCAUCAAGUUCUUCAGCACCGUCCUGCCCCAAUGGCUCGGCUACUUUGAGGCCAUCCUCAAGAAGACCGGCUCGGGCUUCUAUGUUGGCUCGAACGUCACCAUUGCCGAUCUCUACGUCUACGUCUCGUUCGACUCUGUGAUCAACAAGACUGCCGACGCACAGCCCAUCGACGCCUUCCCGCUCGUCAAGGCUCACCUCGAGGCCAUUGCCGCUCGCCCUCGCAUUGCCGCCUGGAUUGCCAAGCGCCCCGUCUCCCAAUGGUAAAAAAAAAAACACAAGACAUUUUGGGGUGCAACGUUGAGAAUAAGAGAUUAGUAUGUUCUUGAAAGCGUGUUGCAUGACAAUGUGAAGCAAAAAAAAUACAACAAUGUUAAUUCGUUCA